CUUUUGUUGGCCCACACACCAAAAAUAAAUUUAAAUAAAAAUAGUAAGUCAGCGGAAAUUUUACUAUAAGCAACUGAAAAAAAAUUGAUCAACAUGGCGCUGCAUUGGAAUGUGAAGUGCGAUGGGUGUGGCAAGACGAAUCUGCUGCACUAUCGCUACAAGUGUCUGCGUUGCACCAACUACGAUUUGUGCAGCGUCUGCUAUGAGAACAAGGUGGAGACUGGACGCCAUAGCAAGGGUCAUCCCUUUCAGUGUCUGCUGGAUCGCGCGGCACGCGAACUCUUCUUUGCCGGGCAGGAGAUUCCGGAUUUGUGCGCCGACAGCUUCACCUGCCCCAUUUGCGGCAAGAUGGGGCAUUCGGUCAAGGAGCUGGUGAAGCAUGUCCAGGCAAAGCAUCGCGGCGACAUUACGCCCGUCAUUUGUCCACUCUGCAUUGCCGUGCCCGCCGCCGACUGCAUGCGCAUCAAUAAUCUGGUUAACCAUGUCUCACUCACCCAUGGCGCUUGGAUGAGCAUUUUGCGCAUUGGCGGCGGCGCCGGCGGUGGCGGUGGCGGCGGCAACAGUCCAGUCGCGCCGUCGCGCACCACAGGCUUCGAGCUGCCGCCCAUACAUCGCACCCAUAGUCACCAACAUCCCCAUCCCGAUACGCUCUGCCAUUCGCAUAGUCUGCAUGCCGCCGCUGCCGCCGAAACUGCCGCCGAACUGCGACGCCAGAGCCGGCGCAGCAGUCCGCCGCCGCUGCCGCCGCUGCGCAACAAUGCGACCAAUCAGUGGCUGCUGAGUGGCAGCCACAGCGUUGGCGGCAGCAGCGCCUCACAGGAGGAGGAUGACGGCGGCUCCAUACCGGACUCCAUACCGGAGUCAUGGCUGCCGGAGCUGAGCUCGCUGAGCGGCAGCAUGCACACGAUGCGCGACCAGGAUCUGGAGACGAGCGGCGGCGCCGCCUCAGAUCAGCCGCAGCCGCAGCAGCUGCGACGCGCUACGCCGCUGGCUGCGCUGCAUUUGGAGACGCUCAGUCCGGAGCCAAAUCAGCAGCCUGAGGAUCCCAAUCACGUGCUGGAGGAUGAGUUUAGCGAUCUCGAUGGCGAUGCUGAUAAUGAUAACGAUGGCGAUGCUGAUGGCGAUGGCGAUGGCGACAGUGCUGGGACCAAUGAGCCCUCGCUCUUCAACUACGAUCGAAAUUCGCUAUAAAUGCUCGGGCUAAAUUUCAAUAAAAGUGAAAAACACUUCAGCACACACAUACAGGCGCAUAAGCAUGCACACACGCACACACACACACACACAUAAACUGCCAUGAGACUGAAUCUUGAAUAAAUGUAUGCAUUAGUAUGUGUGUUAAUUAAUAAAAGC